AUGAACCGUGUGAAGCAGCGAGAGCCUGCCACUGUCCAGUUCUCCGUCCUGGUCCAGCUUUGGGAUGCAAUUUUUGCUGGAAUACUAUUGAUAAGCAUGGAAUAUCAUGAAAGGCAGGUAAAUUCAGGGUCUGUAGCUAAUAGAGACAUUACACCGUCCGAUUCUCUUCAAGCAGGACAGUCAUUGACAACUAUUAUGAAAACGUCAUCAUUAUAAGAUUUUAUGAAAUUCAAACUCAAUUAUUAUUUUAUUUAUUUAUCUUUUUUAUUGUCUACCCUCAUACCAUGUAUGGGUUUUGUCUGUGAUAUGGAAUUUUAAAAUAAAAGCAAAUUUUAUCAAUAAACUAAACAAAUCUAUUUUCAAAGUAUGUUUUUUAGUGUGUUCGUUAUUGAUAAAUAGUGUAAUAUAUAUUUUUUUUGUUAAAUAAAAAUGUAUUUUAAAUACCUUUAUAGUACUUAUAGUGACCAUUUAGUAAUUGUUAUGAAGUUUGUUGUAUUGUUUUCAUUGUUAUUUCAAUAAAUAGAUGAUAUAUUUACCAAUUCCAUGUCUAUAUUAUUUUAUUUGUACAACAAAUCUCCUGAA